AUGCCCCUUAGAUACAUUCGCCGAAAAGUGACCUCUGAUAAUGCUGUCACCAUCGCGAUCGCGACAACAGCUGCUGCGACGAAUCUGGCGGGCAUCGCAGCUUUUCCUCCAGUAGCUGUCCCUGCGGCCAUUCUCUUGAAGAUAUUCCAAGUCAUUCAGGAUGUCAAGGCGAAUCAGGAGCAAUGCUACGACCUUGCGUUACGAUGCCUGUCGUUCCUCGAUCUCAUCAGGGACCAAGUACUGGAUCGCAACAGAGAUGUGCCUCCGUCCCUUGUGGAUGCGUUGCGAGAUUUUGCCCAGGCACUGGAAUCCAUUCAUUCCUUUCUCAUGAGUCAAGCUGAGAGCAACUGGCGGACGCGUUUGGUCCGCAAAGGAAGCGUGGAAGCUGUUUUGGCAGCUCUCAAUGCAGAACUCGACGACGCUUUCAACGCAUUCCAGAUUGCUACAUUGAUCAACAUUCACUAUGCGAUAGGUGACAGACUGGUUGCAGGCGAUUCUCAUCAGGUCAGCGCCGGGCGACAAGAUUCGAGCUUCCCAUCCAUGGGCGGCGAAGCGCAGACUAUUUCAAGCGUCUCUGACACUGGGGUGAUUUGCCCAUCACCAGCGCUACAUGCUUCUGACGAAUCCACGCUGGUCUAUGAGCCGCCGGUGGAUACAGUCUCAUCCUGUGCGAAUGGCGAGUUCAACCAUCUUGAGGAAGGACUUCGAGAACUCGAGGAUCAUGGAUUCCGCCGCUACGACCGCUUUGAACUUACCAUCAAGGACAGCCCUCGCAUCAAAGAGGGCUGGUGGGGCGGGGCACGACACGCUGAUGUCGAAGGACGUACGCUCCUUGUCAAAAGUUAUGAUGAACCCAGAUAUGCCGCUUCAAAGAAAUGGAUCCGCGACGUGAGAAUUCUUCAGAAUGUCUUCCAUCCGAAUCUCCCACAGAUGGUUGGGUUCUCGGGCGGGGAAUGUCCGACACCUUUCAUCCUGCUUGCGAAUGUUCAGACAAGGCUUCCACAAGCAUUGGUCUUGGACAAACUUCAGCAUGGAACGCUCGCCGACUGCGUCCUGCUCAUCAGUCGUUUUGUGAGUACUGUCAGUAAGGAUGCAGCCUUAUAUCUGCAACAACAGCUACAUCUGUCCGACUCCAAGAUCCAAGACUACGUUGAGAACGCGAGCUAUCGUAUAGACGGUCAACAGACCCUUGUCAUGGGCUUACCUCCACCUGAAGUGGAUCGCUGGGUGUCGGCGCGAAACUACGAUCUGUCCCAUUCGGUCAGAAGGGUCUACCUAGAUCUGCUCCCGAGCCGUGGGAUGGUGCCCGAGAAGCCUUACGAGAUGUCUGAGAUCACAACUACCAAUCUAUCAAUGCAGCGCAAAAUCAGUCAUCUCACGCACGCUUUGAACGUCAUUCUACCGAGUUCGCAUUCCGCCCCACGAAUUUCGGAGCUACAGGAGUUACUGCAAGCAGACGAGAACAACGCAGAGUCUAUGGCGGCGUCACUGCACCUCCGGAAGCUGAAAGGCGUUACGGGGGAGCUUCGUACCAACCCUCCUGUCUGGAGGGAAAAGCUCGUCCCCGCCUACACAUACUCGGUGGGCGACCUGGGGUACCUCGAGAGAAAAGGAGACUUCGCAUCUUUCAAAUUGAUUUGCAACGUCAUUCAAGAGGGCCACACCUCAUUCUCUGUUGUUCAGUCACAGUAUGGUACGCAGUUAGAAUGGCGUCGCGGCCCACUCGUACACGUUCCACUGGACGCAUUCCCAUGUCCCGGAAACCGGCAAGGAUGGGCAGUCGUCGUAGAGCCGAACGCGGAUUACACUGUCACGGCUGUGCAUGAAGAGCAAGUGAAUCCUAUCGGUCCUGCUGGACAGUACGUCUUGGACUAUGGCCAGUAUUUUGCCAAGACACACGGAGUCGAUCCGGAUGACCUGAUGCUCAUCACCCGCGUAGGCGUAGAUCUUCGCUUCAGACUGAAAGGCCCUUUCAAGCCAUCUAUGCAUAACAAUUCGUCUUCAGCAUUCCCUCAACAUGGCUUCGGACAACACUCUCACAUGUCGCGUGGGUUCGGUCACGCCGGGGGAUUUGCACGCCAUCCACACGUCGGUCACCACUUCGGGCAGCCCCCUACUCCGCCAACCAUCGUCUACAUAUCAACCUCCAUUAACAAGGCCAGUCCGCCAACUUGGUCGCAAAGCCCGGUGUUCGAUCUGCAGGCGGAGCCGUCUCAUAACGUAGCGGGCUGUACGAUUGGAGCAGAGGCGUGA